AUCGACAGCGGCUACGACUACGAGAGAUGGGACAAUGAAGACCGGCAAACUGUGAUUGCACCUUGAAACCAUGAUGCAAUGCAAGCACAGUCGACUGAUCAACAACUCCAGGACUUAUAACUUAUUACUUAUGAUUUUCUGCUACCAAACCCACAUCGCAGCCCCUACUACAAAUCCCAGCCCCUACCUUUGGACGGAGUCGCUGCACUCACUUCACGCACCACACUAGAAAAGGCCCUAUCGAUCACAGAGGCCAAAACGCCUGAACAAGAGCGAGCCACAGCUAGACAUCCUCCGACCGAUGGCCGUUGAGGUCGUCACCUCCGAGCUGGUGGCGCCGAGCGAGACCACGCCGCGGCGCGCGCUCUGGCUGUCCAACCUCGACCUCGCCGCGCGGAACGGCUACACCCCGACGGUCUACUUCUUCCGCCGCCGCUGUCCCCAGCCCCAGGACGGCAGCGGCGGCGACGACGACGACCGGGCUCCUCAGCAGCCGAGCCCGGACUUCUUCUCGGCCGACGUGCUGCGUGCGGCGCUGGCCGCCGCGCUGGUCCAGUUCUACCCGUUUGCCGGCCGCCUACGCGCGGGCCGCGACGACGACGGGCGCGCCGAGAUCGACUGCAACGCCGCGGGCGCGCUCUUCGUCGUCGCGCGUUCCGCCGCCGCGCUCGAGGACUUCGACGGCUUCGCGCCGUCCAAGGCCAUGAACGACACGUUCGUGCCGAAAUACGACUCCACGGCCGGCCCCGACGCACCGUUGCUCCUGCUUCAGGUCACCUUCUUCAGGUGCGGCGGCGUGACGCUCGGCACGGCCAUGCACCCCUUCGUCAUCGACGGCCGCAGCGCCUUCCACUUCAUCCGGACGUGGGCCAGCAUCGCCCGUGGAGACACCGCCGCCGCCGCCGUGCCCCCGUCGCUUGACCGCACGCCCCUCCGGGCGCGCCCACUGCCGACGGUCCUCUUCGACCACACCUACGAGUACGGCGGCCGCACCUCCAGGCCACCGACGACAGGAGGCAACAACAAGGCGGCGGAGUACGCCAGCGCGAUCCUCCGCGUGACCGGCGCGCAGGCCGCCGCGCUCCGUGCCCGCGCGGGCGCGGUGUCCACCUUCCGCGCGCUGGUGGCGCACGUCUGGCGGUGCGCGUGCGCGGCGCGCGCGCUGGCUCCCGACGCCGAGUCCCGGCUCUACACGAUGGUGGACAUGCGCGCCCGCCUGUCGCCGCCGCUGCCGGACGCCUUCUUCGGCAACGCGGUGGCGCGCACCUCCGUGUCCGCCGUCGUCGGCGACCUCCUGGCCAACCCGCUGGGUUUCGGCGCGCGUCGGCUCCGCGCGGCGACGGGGCACGGGGACGAGUACGCGCGGUCGCUGCUGGACUACCUGGAGACGGCCGACCUGGCGGCGCUGCCGCGCGGUGGACUCGCCGGCACGGACCUGCGCGUGAUCAGCUGGCUGGGGAUGCCGUCCUACGACGCGGACUUCGGGUGGGGAGAGCCGGCGCUGCUGGCGCCGGCGCUCAUGUACUACCCGGGGUUCGUGUACCUGUUGAACUGCCCCGGCAACGGCAAGGGCGGCGGUGUCGCGGUGGCCGUCGCGCUGGAGCCCGAACGCAUGGAGCGGUUCAAGGAGCUCUUCUUCGAGGAGCUGGCCGCGCUGGAGUGAGCUUGAGCGUGAGGCAAUAGAUUCAUGUGUACGCUUAACUUGCACUUUAUGCACCCGUUAAUAUGUCUAUAUCUAUCGAUAUAUUUAUCUUUGUAUCUAAAAUUCUAAUAUCAAAAACGAAAAUUCUCAGCCAGCGUGCCCA